UGAGAGAUAUCAGAGAAAGAGCGUCAAAUACAUGAAAGAGAAGAGAGAGAGUGAGAUGGUGCGAGCAGAGCCUCCUCUGGUUCUCGGCCUCCAACCAUCAGCUCUCGUUGACCACGUGGCACGCGUUGAUUGGUCCUUGCUCCGUCAAAUUCACGGCCAACACGGUGGCUCCAUACCUGUUACGGUCGGAGAACUUGAAGAUAUAGUGAGUAAGGUAAAAAAGCAUGUUCUUCCCUUCCCUGAGUCUGAUGAUGAUUCUGUUUCCACUUCUCCCGUUGAGACCAUGGCUGGUGGCAGUGUUGCAAACACAAUUCGAGGGCUGAGUAGUGCUUUUGGAAUUUCCACUGGAAUCAUUGGGGCGUGUGGGGAUGAUGAUGAGGGACACUUAUUUGUCCAUAACAUGAAAUUCAACGGAGUUGACCUCUCAAGACUUAGGAAUCAGAGAGGACAUACAGCACAGUGUGUUUGCUUGGUUGAUGCCUCGGGAAACCGUACCAUGCGACCUUGUCUCUCGAGUGCUGUCAAAGUUCAUGCAGAGGAAUUGACCAAAGACGAUUUUAAGGGCUCCAAGUGGUUGGUUUUAAGAUAUACUCCACUUGAUCUGGAAGUUAUUCAAGCAGCCAUUCUUUUAGCAAAACAGGAAGGUCUUUUGGUUUCCUUGGAUUUGGCCAGUUUUGAGAUGGUUAGGGAUUUUAAACAACCACUUCUGAAGCUACUUGUGUCUGGGAACAUAGACCUUUGCUUUGCAAAUGAGGAUGAGGCAACAGAGCUUCUAAGGGACGAACAGGAUGCUGAUCCAGAAGCUGCCGUUGAAUUUCUGGCCAAAUACUGCCAACGGGCUGUAGUAACACUGGGUCCUAAAGGAUGCAUAGCUAAACAUGGAAAAGAGAUUGUACGUGUCCCGGCCAUAGGAGAAGAAAAGGCAUGUGAUGCUACAGGAGCAGGGGAUCUUUUUGCAAGUGGGUUUAUGUAUGGAUUGAUAAAAGGUGUGUCACUUGAAGAGUGCUGCAAAGUGGGUGCAUGCAGUGGUGGGUCUGUUAUUUGCUCUCUUGGCGGUGAAGUGACAUUAAAGAAUCGGCAGUGGAUGUACAAGCAAAUGCAAAUAAAGGGUCUUCGCACGCCUGAUACAUCCAAAUGAAGCUGUUGCCUCCCUUUCUUGCCGUUAAAUGGCAGCUAUUGCAUCAUUUAAGACUUGUUUGAUUAAUGCUAAACAAAUUCCACGGACACACUUGACUUGAGCUUGAUGCAAGAUGGAAUGUAAUUCCUUCGUUAACUUAAACAUACCAAACUCAUGGUUACUUCAUUUUCUUAAUUGUUAAUUGAGAACGUCUAAAUUUUUCAAUGAUAAAACUGUAGUUGG